GUGCUUUGUCUGUUUACACUCAGUGGCUUGAUGAUGAUGCUCGUGCUGCAGCUGUUCUCACUGCUAGUGUUCUGCCUCAGUUUGCUUCUGAGUUUCUGGGUCUUCCUACUGUCUUCCAGAUGUGGACCUGUCUUCGUCAGCGCUAUGAGCCCUCUGGUGAUGCCUUAUAUCUUUCUGUGGUUCGUCAGGAGCAUGCUCUUCAGCAGGGUGACUCUACUGUUGAUGACUUUUAUGCACAGAGUUCUGCUAUCUGGCGCCAGCUUGAUUCUCUCCGCAGUGCUGGUUGUCGUACUUGCCCCUGCUGCCAGGCUGUCCAGGCCGAUUUGGAGUUUCAUCGCGUCUAUGAGUUCCUGUCUCGGCUCCGUAAGGAGUUUGAGCCCCGGCGUGCUCAGUUGUUUGCUCGUGGCCGUAUUUCUCUCAUGGAGGCGCUUUCAGAGAUUCGUGCUGAGGAGACUCGCCUACGUGGUGCUGGUUUGCUGGAGGUUCCCUCUGUGCUCGCUACUCGGGUUUCUUCCACUCCACCUGCUGCACCGCCCCAUUCUCGCUCGAGUGCUCCGCCGCUCUUGCCCACUCCUUCUGGAGGCUCAGGUCGGCCCCGUUCACAUUGUGACUACUGCAACAAUGAUGGUCAUAUUGAGUCCCAGUGCUACACAAAGCGGAAACACCUGCGCAAGGCGCGAUCAUCCUCCUCAGGGACUUCGUCAUCUCCCUCGCCAGCUUCCGCCAUUGCUUUGACUGAGCAGGAUAUUCUGAGACUUAAGCGUCUGCUCGCGGCUUCAGGUUCUUCCUCGACGGGUACUGCUGGUUCUGUGACUGAUGCUUCCCGCACUGAGCACCCGCCCUCUACACAGUCAGGUACAUCCCCAUGGGUUCUGGAUUCUGGAGCUUCUUUUCAUAUGUCUUCUCAUUCUUCUGCUUUGUCUUCUCUUCGCUCGCUGGAUUCUCCUGUUCAUGUCUUCACUGUUGAUGGUACUCCACUUUCUGUUGCUAGUAGAGGCCAUCUUUCCACUCCUUAUUCUAUUCCUGAUUUCGUCGAGGCCUUCUGGGGUCUGUCUCAGGAGAUGUCUCUUUAG